AUGGUGCUAGAAAUAGUGGAGAAGGAAUCCCAUCCUGACUGGGCCAGCAGCGAGUUCCUGGUCAGAGCCUUCAAACAGGCAGGCUUCCAUGUGGUGGAGGACAGCAUCCAGGUGAAGAACGCCUGCAGCAGCGGGGGUGGCUUCAUGAGCGAGACACUGCUGCUGCGGGGGCGGACGCUAGACGGAGGCGUGGCCAGCCUAGUGGUGAAGGUGUCUGUGCAAAGAGGCGGGGACGGAGCGCUCAGCUCCGACGGGCUGUUCCGGAGGGAGAGCGUGCUGUACACGAGGACUCUGCCCGCUGCGGAGGCGGCGCUGAAGGCUGCUGAGGGUGGUGCGUGGCGGCCGCUGUGGCCCGCCUGCCCGGGCGUGUUCGGCGGUGGGGGCGGCUGCCUGCUGCUGGAGGACGUCGUGGCCGCGGGCUUUCGCAAGGCCCCCAGUGCCGCCUCCGCUCGCGGGCUGGAUCUGGAUCACUGUCUGGUCGCGAUGCGUGGGCUGGCGCGCCUCCACGCUGCCACCACGGGAAAUGCGCUCCAGGACGCCCUAAUCGAACCCCUGCUACGAGAGUCCGUCUCUUUUGGCUCCAGCCAGAUCCCACUGCUUCAGUCACAGGCCAAGACGACCGUCCUCAAGAUGGCUCAAAUACUCAACCGAUAUCCAUGGUUCCGGAAGUAUAAGGACAAAUUCUUGGAAUUCGCGGACAUAUUGCUGCUGCGAGCCGUUGAUGCUGUUAGUGGCUGUGACAGGAAACUCACUGUCAUGCUGCACGGGGACUUCCAGAAGAACAACAUGAUGUUCCAGUACUCGAACGAAGAGCUCCAAGUCAUAUUCUACGAUUAUCAGGGAGCCCACAUCGGAUCUCCAGCGGAGGACCUGCAGUACUUUCUGUACUCGAGCACCAGCCUGGAGGUGCUGCAGCAGCACAAGGACCUGCUGCUGUCCGAGUACCACAGCACCCUGCAGCACACGUUGCGAGCCCUGGGGCUACAGCAGCAGGCGGACGCCUACCCUCUGGAGCAGCUGAGGAGAGAGAUGCAGCAGCUGGCACCAGUAGGAGUCUUCUGCACCUACAACCUGCUGCCUGUCAUGCUCAACCUAGAGGCAGUCGAUUUCGACCUCGAUACAUCGUCACCCGACUAUGCGGCCAGUGUGGACAAGUUAUUACAGAAAUGCUACACAAAUCCUGAGUAUUUGUCCUUUGCUGAGUACUUGACGCCAUUUUUUGAGAAGAACUGUCUUCUAGAAAGUUGA